GUAGGAGUAAUACAGAGAAUCUAUUAUUCUUCUAAAUAUUCCACUCUUUUCCAUUCACUCUAUUUUUUCUCUUUAAAUUUUGACUUCUUCUUCUUCAUAACUUCCUUCAACAUUUAAACCUCUUCUUCAUUACCACCACCAAUUCCUUAAUUCCAAAAAAUGCUCAUUUAAUCCAAAAUCUUUCUUCUCUAAAACCCACAAAUCCACCAUGAUUAUCAAUUUCCAUAAAUUAAUUAUCUCCCUAAUCACAUUCUUAACCUUCUUCUUAAUCCUUAGAUUAUUCCUUAAACGCAAAAUCAGAACUUCUAAAUUCAAAAAAUGGUGGAUUAUCAUCUCCGAUAAAUUUCACGAUCAUCAAUUUCUUAAGGUCCCUGAAUUUAAUGAAAAUUCUCAAGAGAAUCAACUUUUCCGGCGAGUUUCACUUUACCUUAAUUCUCUUGAAUCUCUAGAAAAUUCCGAUUAUACGAAUCUUUUUUCCGGGUCAAAUCCUACCGAUAUACUCCUUUCCCUUAGCCCGAAUCAAACCAUAAUCGAUAAUUUCCUUGAAGCUCAUCUCGUAUGGAAAUACGACGUCGUUGUAUCUCCAAACGACAAUUCAAACACGAAAUCCUUCCUGUUAAGAAUCAGAAAACGGGAUAAACGACGCGUUUUACGCCCUUAUCUUCAACACAUCCACACCAUCUCCGAUGACAUAGACCACCGUGUAAGAGACAUUCGUCUUUUUACAAACUCAUCUACAGGUUGGAAAACAGUGCCGUUUACUCAUCCAGCAAGUUUCGAAACGGUUUCGAUGGAUGCCGAAUUGAAAAUCAAGAUCAAAUCCGAUCUCGAAACGUUUCUUAAAUCCAAACAAUAUUACCACCGUUUAGGGCGUGUUUGGCGGAGGAGUUAUUUGUUGUAUGGUCCAUCAGGUACUGGAAAAUCAAGCUUUGUUUCUGCCAUGGCGAAAUGUUUAUCUUACGAUGUUUACGAUCUCGAUAUCUCCAAAAUUGAAAAUGAUUCCGACCUCAAAUUCAUCUUACUCCAAACAAGUCCUAGAUCAUUGAUUCUUGUCGAGGAUUUCGAUAAGUAUGUUGUCAAACCGCCGUCAUCAAUGGCGGUAUCCAUGUCUGGGUUAAUGAAUUUCAUGGAUGGGGUUGUGAAUUCUUGCUGUGAAGAACGGGUAAUGGUUUUCACCAUGACGGGUAAGGAAGAAAUUGACCCGGCAAUACUUCGUCCGGGUCGGAUUGAUGUUCAUAUUUAUUUUCCUUUAUGUGAUUUUAAUAAUUUCAAGAGUUUAGCAAAUAAUUAUUUAGGGAUUAAAGAACAUAAAUUGUUUUCUCAAGUUGAAGAGAUGUUUAAUACUGGGGCUACUAUGAGUCCGGCUGAAAUCGGUGAGUUGAUGAUCGUGAAUCGGAACUCACCGAGUCGAGCAAUUAAAUCGGUGAUUAAUGCGCUUCAAACGACGUCGUCUGGGAAUAGUUUUAUGAUGACGGAAAGUUGUAAAGGGACGCCGAAAAACGGGUUUAGAUCCGGAAGAGAAUCCAUUGAUGAAACAGAUGAUUUGAUUGGAGAUAUUGGGUGUAGAGAUGGGGUUAAAGAAAUUAGGAAAUUGUAUGGGUUUUUGAGAAGGAAAAGUGGGAGGAGAUCUGGAUCGUUUGAUUUAGGUACGUGACAAUUAUCGGACGGCUCAGGAUGGUUCUUGAUUUUUUUGUUUUGAAAUUUACUUUUUGGGUUAUUUGUUGUAAAAAUGGAUUAAAAAGGAAUACUAUUAAUGUAAUAAUGUGGGGAAUUUUUUGAUUAAAAAAGUUAGAAAAUGAAAAAAAAAGAAGUAAAAAGGGCAAGAAUAAAAGUGGAAAGUUCAUGACAUGAGCAAAAACUCGUAGAAGUAUACUUUUGUGGGUUUAUAAUUAGUUAAGAAUUUUAUUUUUUUUUUUAAAUUAUGGGGUGAAAACUCAAACCCUAUAAUUAUAAAUUGGGGAUUGUACAUGAUUUUAAAUUGAAAAUUGAAAAAUUAUAAAGUUCAAAGAUUGUAGAUUUCAAUUUAUUUUAUUUAGUUGCUUGAUUGUUAACCCAUUUAAUUUCCUUUGUUCAUCAACAUUAU